GCCGAUUGCGUGGGAUGGGUGUCUGGUUUAGAAACGUUGAAAGUAGUCAGAUGGAUAUAAGUAGCUAGCCAAAUGAGAAGGAACCCAUUUUAAGUGCUAACGCACUCUUUCAAGAAAGCAUAUCGGAUAUUUACAUUUUUGUGUAGCCAUAUCAAUGCCCAAGUGUGAUAUUUAGCAAGCAUGGUGUUACAAAGGAAACAUUAAGAUGUUGUAGCUAGCAAGCUAACGUUAUCACGAAGUUACACAAGGAUACAAACUGAUCAUCCAAAGCUAGCUGAUAUACUACGAGCCAACGGUAGUGAACUACAUUAUCUUGUCAAGCAACGAAGAGAACACAACCAACAUUUGGGAAAUUGUAAUAUGAAAGAAGACGUGUCGGAGAAAUUAGGAUUUGUCCCUCAAAAAGACAUCGUCUACAACAAACUUCUUCCAUACGCGGAUAUAUUAGACGAGGAAUCCAAUGACCUUUUGGGUAAAAUCAAAGGAAACUUGGGCCGGGCUGUCCAGCUUCGAGAGAUAUGGCCGGGUGUCUUGUUUUGGACAAGGAAACUUUCCACGUACAUGCGGCUGUAUGGCAGGAAGUUCAGCAAGGAGGACCAUGUGCUGUUCAUCCAGCUGCUGUACGAGCUGAUCACCAUCGACAAGCUGGAGAUCAGUAUGAUGCAAGGACUAGCCCGGCUGCUCAUCAACCUCCUUAAGAAAAGAGAGCUGCUGUCGCGGGAGGAUCUUGAGUUGCCUUGGAGACCCCUGUAUGAGCUGCAAGACAGGAUCCUCUACUCAAAGACUGAACACCUGGGACUAAACUGGUUCCCCAAUUCCCUACGGCCUCGUGCUUCCUCUAAACACGUAAUGAUAAAAUUGUUUCAGAGGUGCUCGGUGGAAAACAUUUUGAAAACACUUGUGAGAAGCUGCAGACCGUACUUCCCGGAGUCGGCCACCCAGGAGAUGUUGGAGGAGUGGCGUCCACUGCUCUGUCCAUUUGAUGUGACCAUGCAGAGAGCAAUAGGAUACUUUGAGCUCUUCCUCCCCACCACUCUACCCCCAGAGCUGCACCACAAGGGCUUUAAGUUAUGGUUUGAUGAACUCAUCAGCUUGUGGGUGGCAGUACAGAACCUUCCAAGUUGGGAGGUGCAUCUUGUCAACCUGUUUGCCCGGUUGGCCAACGACAACAUUGGCUACAUUGACUGGGACCCUUAUAUACCCAAGAUCUUCACCAGAAUCCUACGUAGUCUGAACCUCCCGGUGGGGACCAGUCAGAUGCUGGUUCCCAGAUACCUGACAAACGCCUACGACGUCGGGCACGUGGUCCUCUGGGUCUCAGCUUUACUGGGAGGCCCCAGUAAGCAAGCCCAGGCACAGCUCAGUGGCCUUUUCAACAGCAUCACAUCUUUCUUCCACCCAUCCAACCAUGGACGCUGGCUGAUGAAGUUGAUGAAGCUGCUGCAGCGCCUCCCGGCCAGUGUGGUGCGGCGGCUCCACCGGGAGCGCUACCGGAAACCCACGUGGCUCACGCCGGUACCGGACAGCCACAAGAUGACAGAGGCGGACAUCACGGCGUUCGUGGAGAGUAUGAUGCAGCCGGUGCUGCUGGCCAUGUUCAGUAAGACAGGCAGUCUGGACGCUGCUCAGGCCUUGCAGAACCUGGCCCUCAUGAGGCCCGAACUUGUCAUACCACCAGUGCUGGAGAAAACCUAUCCUGCUAUGGAGACACUGACAGAGCCCCACCAACUGACUGCCACCCUGAGCUGUAUGAUCGGUGUGGCUCGCAGCCUGGUGUCUGGGGGCCAGCGCUUCCCCGAGGGCCCCACACACAUGCUGCCCCUCCUCAUGCGGGCCCUUCCCGGGGUCGACCCCAACGACUUCAGCAAGUGCAUGAUAACAUUCCAAUUCAUUGCUACGUUUGCGACUCUUGUGCCUUUGGUGGACUGUUCAUCUGCUGUUCAUGAAAGGAGUGACCUGACAGAGGUGGAGAGAGAGAUGUGCUCAGCCUCUGCAGAGUUUGAGGACUUUGUUCUUCAGUUCAUGGACAGGUGUUUUGCCCUGAUAGACAGCAGUACUCUAGAGCAGACCAGAGAGGAGACAGAGACAGAGAAGAUGACCCAUCUGGAGAGCCUGGUGGAGCUGGGACUAUCUUCUACCUUCAGCACCAUCCUCACACAGUGCUCCAUAGACAUCUUCAAGGUGGCUCUGGAGAAGGUCUUCAACUUUGCCACCACCAACAUCUUUGAGACUCGUGUGGCUGGAAGGAUGGUGGCUGACAUGUGCAGAGCAGCUUCCAAGUGUCACCCGGCACAGUCUCUGAAGCUUUUUGUGCCCCACUGCUGCAAUGCCAUAAACCAGAUCGCUGUCAAUGAAGAGGUGUUGAGUGAGGAGGAACUGGAUAAGGAGUUACUAUGGAACCUUCAGCUACUGUCAGAGGUGACUCGUGUGGAUGGGGACAAGAUCCUCCCCUACAGCACUCAGCUGGUUCAGAUCCUGCAGCUGACCCUCCAUCUAAAGUGUAAACAGGGCUACGCCCUGGCCUGUAACCUGCUGCAUCAUAUCCUGAGGUCUACAGCCCUCAUCUACCCCACAGAGUACUGCAGUGUACCUGGAGGCUUUCAGCAGCCCACACAGGACUACCUGCCCAUCAAGGAUUGGGGUCGUCCGGGGGACCUGUGGAACCUGAACAUCCAGUGGCACGUCCCCAGAGUGGAGGAGACCAGCUUUGUGUUCUACGUUCUAGACCUGAUCCUACAGCCAGAGCUGCUCCGACUACAGAGAUAUGCCCAGGGGGAACGGGACAUGACCAGGGAUGACGUCCUACAAAGUUUGUCCAUUGUACAACACUGCCUUCUGGGAGCAGGUAGCCUGUUGCCCCUGCUGCAAGGAGAGCCCAUCUCUGAACUGGUGACUAGCAUGGUGAAUCUGGGGGAGACUAACCUCUUCACAGGGAUGGCCGAUGAUGUGUCCAGAGAGAACUACAGAGAUGCUAUCUGCAGAGUGAUGAGGCAGCUGCUACAUCACAUUCUGGAGCACUCAGAGGACGACACCAAGUCUCUGUUCUCCAUCAUCAAGAUCAUCAGUGACCUGCUGCACUUCAAAGGAUCACACAAACAAGAGUUUGACUCUCGCUGGAAGAGCUUCAACCUGGUCAAGAAGUCCAUGGAGAACAGGCUUCACGGCAGGAAGCAGCACAUCCGAGCCCUGCUAAUCGACAGAGUCAUGCUACAGCACGAGCUGCGUAAGCUAACAGUGGAGGGGUGUGAGUACAAGAGUAUUCACCAGGAACUGAUGCGGGAUCUGCUGCGGCUCUCUACCAGCACCUACAGUCAGGUGCGUAGCCGGGCUCAGAGUGUGCUGUUCACAGCUCUGGGGACCUAUAACUUCUGCUGCAGGGACCUGAUCCCCCGUGUGCUGGAGUUCCUGGAGCCAGACCGCUCCGACGUCACACAGCAGCAAUUCAAAGGUGCCUUGUACUGUCUCUUGGGGAACCACAGUGGGGUGUGCCUGGCCAACCUGCACGACUGGGACUGCAUCACCCUGACCUGGCCUGCCAUCGUCCGCUCAGGACUCAGCUCAGCUAUGUCCCUGGAGAAGCCCUCCAUCGUCCGCCUGUUCGACGACCUCGCUGACAAGGUCCACCGCCAAUACGAGACCAUUGGCAUCCACUUUGCUAUCCCGUCAGAAUGUUGUGCAGCAGCGGUGCAGCUCCAGACCUCUGGUGUUCCCCUGCCUCAGGACCCUGUCCCCUCAGACCAGGAAGAAGCAGAGGGCCUCAGGAAGCAGGAGGAGAAGAACCUCGACUCAGUUCAGAAAUAUGAGAGUCUGGUUGGUGAACUUCUGGACUGCCUCAACGACAGAAACAUGCCCUGGAAGUUUGAGCACAAUGCCAUUGGAUUCAUGUCUCUGUUGCUGAGAGAUGACCACCCUCUCCCCUCCCCUGCUGUCCUGUUCUUUGUCAAGAGCCUCAACCACGACUCCCUCCUGGUCCGCAAGUUGGCGAUAUCAGCAGUGGCAGGGAUCAUGAAGCAACUCAAGAGGCCGCAUAAAAAAGUACCAGUCAGCCCCAACGAGCUCUGUGAUCUAAAGGAACCGGCUGGUAUGAUAGCAGGAGACAGGCCUGAUAACCAGUGGCUCCAGUAUAACAGUAGCAGUCUGCCUCGUACCCAGCAGGACUGGGAGGGCUGUACAUUCGUAGAGAAGACCCACUGGGGAUACUACAGCUGGCCACAGAAACUCAUGAUGUACUCUCCCUCUGAGGAGCAGCCCAAACAGGGACUGACCAGAGAGGAGAUGACAGAGCGAGAGCAGAUCAUCUACGACCACUUUUCAGACCCAGUGUUCAUCAACCAGCUGAUUGAAUUCCUCUCUCUGGAGGACCGGAAGGGCAAGGACAAGUUCAGCCCCCGCAGGUUCUGCCUUUUCAAGGGUCUGUUCCGUAACUUCAACGAUGCCUUCCUGCCCGUGCUGAAACCACACAUGGAGCGUCUGGUGGCCGACACACACGAGAGCAAACAGCGCUGUGUAGCAGAGAUCACUUCUGGACUGAUCAGAGGCAGCAAGCACUGGAGCUACAGCAAGGUUGAGAGUCUGUGGGAGCUGCUGUGUCCUCUGCUUCGUACAGCACUGAACAACAUCACUGUAGAGACCUACGCUGACUGGGGCACCUGCAUCGCCACCGCCUGUGAGAGCAGAGACCCCAGGAAGCUCCACUGGCUGUUUGAGAUGCUGAUGGAAUCUCCAGUCAACGGGGAGGGGGGAUCCUUCGUAGAUGCCUGUCGUCUGUAUGUGCUGCAGGGGGGCCUGGCUCAGCAGGAGUGGAGAGUCCCUGAGCUGCUCCACAGACUGCUGCAGUACCUAGAGCCCAAACUCACACAGGUCUACAAGAACGUCCGCGAGCGCAUCGGCAGUGUCCUCACCUACAUCUUCAUGAUAGACGUCAACCUGCCGUACACUCAGCCCACAGCCUCGCCUCGCAUCAAGGAGUUCACAGAGCGGGUACUGCUGCGCCUCAAACCCCUGACGGAGGGGGACGAGGAGAUCCAGAACCACGUGGUAGAGGAGAACGAUGUGGGGGAGCAGGACGAGAGGACACAGGCCAUCAAACUACUGAAGACAGUACUCAAGUGGCUGAUGGCCAGUGCUGGACGCUCCUUCUCCACGGCUGUUCCAGAGCAGCUCCAGUUGCUGCCACUGCUGUUCAAGAUCGCUCCGGUGGAAAAUGAUGACAGUUAUGAUGAGCUGAAGCGGGACGCUAAGACCUGUCUGUCUCUGAUGUCCCAGGGACUGCUCUACACAGAGCAGAUACCACUGGUCCUACUGGCCCUGCAAGAGAUAGCGGGCAGCAGUUCGUGGCAUGCUCGCUACACGGUGCUGACGUACCUACAGAUCAUGGUCUUCUACAACCUGUUCACCUUCCUGAGCGACCAGGGAGCUGUCAACGACGUCAGAGCACUGGUCAUACGCCUGCUGGAGGACGAGCAGCUAGAGGUGAGGGAGAUGGCUGCCACCACGCUGAGCGGUUUCCUUCAGUGUAACUUCCUGUCCAUAGAGGGCCCCAUGCAGAGCCACUUUGAGGCCCUCUGCAAGACCCGCCUGCCCAAGAAGCGGAAGAGGGAGCUGGGCUCUGUGGUGGACACCAUCCCCUCCGGAGAUCUGGUGCGGCGUCAUGCUGGAGUGUUAGGUCUGAGUGCCUGUAUCCUGUCCAGCCCCUACGAUGUUCCCACCUGGAUGCCCCAACUACUGAUGGACCUGAGUGCCCACCUCAAUGACACACAGCCCAUUGAGAUGACGGUGAAGAAGACCCUGUCUAACUUUAGACGGACUCAUCAUGACAACUGGCAGGAGCAUAAACAGCAGUUCACUGACGACCAGCUGCUGGUUCUGACCGACCUGCUGGUCUCUCCCUGCUAUUACGCCUAGAUACCUGGUACACACACAGCAGCUGACAGUAACACCCACACACAUGCUGUUCUCUCCCUGCUAUUACGCCUAGAUACCUGGUACACACACAGCAGCUGACAGUAACACCCACACACAUGCUGUUCUCUCCCUGCUAUUACGCCUAGAUACCUGGUACACACACAGCAGCUGACAGUAACACCCACACACAUGCUGUUCUCUCCCUGCUAUUACGCCUAGAUACCUGGUACACACACAGCAGCUGACAGUAACACCCACACACAUGCUGUUCUCUCCCUGAUAGUAAAACUAGAUACCUGGUACACACACAGCAGCUGACAGUAACACCCACACACAUGCUGGUCUCUCCCUGAUAGUAAACCUAGAUACCUGGUACACACACAGCAGCUGACAGUAACACCCACACACACAUCUGCUGGUCUCUCCCUGAUACUAAACCUAGAUCCAUGGUACAUACGCACACACACACACAAUUCAAACGUAUGCUUGGGUGGAAAAAUCCCAAAACAAAUUACAAGCAUUAAACAAGGUACCAAGCAUUAAUCCCACUAUCCAUUCUGUUUCUCUUUAGGGCCCAGCAUGAAUCCCACUAUCCAUUCUGUCUCUCGUUAGGGCCAAGCAUUAAUCCCACUAUCCAUUCUGUCUCUCGUUAGGGCCAAGCAUUAAUCCCACUAUCCAUUCUGUCUCUCUUUAGUGCCAACCAUUAAUCCCACUAUCCAUUCUGUCUCUCUUUAGUGCCAACCAUUAAUCCCACUAUCCAUUCUGUCUCGAGGCCCAAGCAAUAAUCUCACUAUCCAUUCUGUCUCUAUUUAUGGCCAAGCAUUAGAUCUGCUAUGCAUUCUGUCUCUUUAGAGCCAAGCAUUAAUCCUGCUAUCCAUUCUGUCUCUCUUUAGGGCCCUGGUGCAACUUUCAGGAGAUUUUUAUGUUUUCUUAAUGGAGGAACGUUAUCCUCGAUGCCCUCUCUGAGCCUUUUGACAAUUCCUCACUCUGGCAUUAGAAUGAGAAGGUCUCAGACUGAACAGAACAGGCCCAUAUUCAAAAAGCGGUUUAGAGUAGGAUUGCUGAUCUAGGAUCAGUUUUGCCUUUCAGAUCAUAUUGAAUACCAUUAUAUGGACAGGGCGACCUGAUUCUCGAUCAGCACUUCUACUCUGAGACACUGUGUGAAUACAGGCCCAGAACAGAACACACUGCAUGAGGGUAGACCAAACCCUCACAUCCAGGACCCUGCACUCUGGCCAGAACAACGGACAACAUCUGGGUCGUAUUCAUUAGGCAUCAAACGGAAGACAAUAGAAUGAAAAACAGGGAGGAACUACCUGGGACUUGUCCAUUAAGGACCGCUUGUUUUUUGUGGGGGUGGGGGGGGGUCCUGUUUUCUUUUUUUUUAUGAUGUACCCUGAGGACCCUGAAAAGGGGGACGGGGGGAACACAAAUGCGUAAUGGUUGAAUGGAUGGAAUAAAGGUUGUGUAUUUAGCGCUGAUUUACAUUUUUACUAUACUUAAUAUUUAAGGAUAAACCACAGCAGGGAUGAUUGUCCUGCGGUUUGUAAUACUACUGUACAGUUUUUCUUAAAUUUUUAUUUUCUUUAUUUGCUUGCGUGUGUUUAUGUGGAAUGCUUGAUGAUACCCUACCUCUGGUCCAAGGUGUAGUGUGCGUUCCUCCACUAAUGCACCACUACUUGUGGAGGAGUGCACGCUACACCCUGUACCAGAGCUAGUCCCUGUCCCCCCCUUACUAUUGCUCUCAGCACAAAAUCCCCUCAAUGUUAUCAACUCUGAGCCAAUUAACUGUAUUAUCCCAGUAGAGGGUAGAAACCGUACUGUCCCAGUUCUCCUAUAGUGACGUGUUCUUAGCCACAGUCUGUAUGCGUUUAGAUUAGAUUGAGAAUGUAUCCCAAAUGGUAGUCUAUUUGUUUAGUGCACUACUUUUGACUACGGCCCAUAGGGCUCUGGUCAAAUGUAGUGCACUAUAUAGGGAAUAGGGUGCCAUUUGGGAAUUAGAUUUGAACCUGCCACACACAUUUACGUACAUGACGUUUGUGUACAUUGUUUAAUCUAUAUAUGAUAUGUGCAUAUUUUAUAAUGUGUAUAUAGCAUAUGUAUAUAACAUAAAUGCACAAACAUGUAUUUAUUUAUUUAUUGGUUUUUGAAGUGCUGAUAUUAUUAUUCUUAGAGUUUCUGGUAAUGAAAGAUUUUGGUUUGUGAGUAAAUGGGUUGUUCAGCUUUUUAGUGACAGAGCUUUUGAUUUCAUUCUGCUCUCUCAUUGUCAAUGGUAUAGGUGGAGUGAUUGUGUGUGUUCAUUCCCCAAGGCUGUAUGUGUGUGCUGUGUUGAGCUGAUGAGCACAGUUUUAUCGUCAUGGCAUGUGUCUAAACACCUCUCAGAACCCCAAGGGACUGGUAAUUCCUUGACACAGAUAAUUGGAGAGUCUCCAUUGAAACCAGGCUUUUCCGGGACAAAAAAGCUAAUGUCCAGGACUAGGCUAAAUCAGUGUCCGGGAAACAGGCCCAAGGAAUAACCAAACCUUCUGUCCACCACCUUAGCAUCACACCCCUUCCUCUACUCUACAAUACAAUAUUAUUCUCCAUUCUUUUUUAAAAAUCCUAGUGAGAGAGAGUUAUUUGUUGUUCAAUAUUUUGUUUAGCUUUUCAAGUCUUCAUGGAUAGUCUCAUUGAAGCAUCAGUUCAGUUUAGUACUUCACUCAUGUAUAGUGUAGUGCCAAAACUGCAUUGAUUUAUUUUAAUUUUAGAUGUACUGUUUGCUUAUAUUUAAUGAAGAAAAUAAAUAAAUGGGUUGCUUGUAACACA